GUUUCCAUUCUUCUUCACAACCCACAAACAUAAAGUUGCAAGUGAGAGAAGCUGAGAAGAAAGAAAGCGAAACGCUCACUCAACCAACACUCGCAGCAGCAAUGGCUUCCAUGACCAUGACAGCCUCCUUCCUCGCCGGCUCGUCGGCUGUGGUCGGCAAGCUACCCUCGGCCAAGGCCUCCACAAGAGGCCUCGUCGUGGCCAAGGCCUCGAGAGCCACCGAGGCCGAGAAGGCCAGCCUCGAGUUCAAUGCCGACAAGGAAGAGAGAAGCAGUGGGAGGAGGGACUUGGUCUUUGCCGCUGCAGCUGCGGCCGCCUGCGCCGUCGCGAGGGCCGCCAUCGCAGAUGAAGAUGAGCCGAGAAAGGGUACUCCCGAGGCCAAGAAGAAGUAUACUCCUAUCUGUGUGACCAUGCCCACCGCUCGCAUCUGCCACAAAUGAGGGUCAAGAAUUGGCAACUCCUUUUCCCCCACCCUUGAUUUCGUGUUGAUUUGGGAAUGAUAUAUGUGUAAAACCUUGUAUUCUAGUUUCUUGCUAUCUUGGGACCAAUCGAUCACCAUUCUAUCUAA